AAGCACAGGCUGGGUUGACAACUGCUUGCUAAAAUAUUUAUUGUGUCGAAAACAUCAAUAUUUAAGGAGUUUAUAAAAUCAUACAUCAACAGAAGAAGCAGACAACUUCAGAAAGACAUUAAUGAUGGCAACAUCCGAGGACCUUUCAUCCCAGUCUAACUCGACCCAAACCAUGAAAUAUGAUCCAAAGUCUCAAACUGUAACGUUACCAAAUGGGUUGGUUUCUGUGGCAGGUGUCACGGUGGUGACGGGGGGAGCGGAGCUGUCCUGUGGAUCCUGUAUGUUGGCCUUUGGUGUUUGGGGCACUCUGGUUGGUUUGAGUGUUGUGGCAUUGGGUUUAUGGGACCAUUUGGAGUACAAGAACAGUGGUCUGUCACACCUUCUGGCUCUUGGAUUGGUACUGCUGCUUACCAGUUCGAGUCUGGUAGCCGUGAUCUUUGGCCUCCGUUUCUUAAUGAAAAAGAGAAGGAUGAUGGCCAGAAGAGAGAGGGCAGAAGCUAAUUUAGUGUUGGUUAAUGAUUAUGCAGAAGUUGUUUUAAAAAGAGUCACGGUGUAAAAGAGCAGGGAAGGGAAAUAUAUUUUACAGUUUUGUUCUCUUUGAAUAUGUCAGACUCCCCGCUGCUUCAUCCUUCUUUUUCUCCAUCACCGUUUGCUUAAUCAUGAAGGAAUGCCACAGGAAAUUCAUUGGGUUCAGUGCUACAGGAAACACUUUGCUGUUUCCUGUGAUUUCAGAAUGCACAAGAGACAUUUACUUCUGUAUCCAUGUGUAUUUAAUAAAAACAGUUUAUUUAUACUCUUCAAAGGGCUAAACUGUUAGAAUUAUAUUUUGAAUUUAAGUUUUAAUGAAUAUUAUUACACAGCUUUUUAACUUUUAAAUCUAA